GAAGUCAGGGACGUCAUCAAAACAGUGAGACAGGAGGAGGGAAGCUGGCCGUCAGUGGAUGUGACACGCUUACAAAUAAAUAGAAAACAACCCAGCAAGCACCAGGAAACCAUGAUCCGGCUCCAGCAGCGCGUUUAGUGUGCUCGAUUCACCCGGACAGCGGACUUUUGGCGUAUUUUUCUCCCUUCCCGAGUCCUCAACAACAAGCAGCACCAUGGUGAAGCAGUCGGACCGAGCCCCGCUGUUGGACUGGGAGGAGAUCCCACCGCCCGAUCCGAACCAGGCGGCCCCGCCGAUGCAGCCAUCGCCGCCGCGGGAGGAAGACGCACCGCCGGAGAAAAGUUCGCAGCCAGCCGUGCGUCGCGCACCCACGGGCACCGCGGCUGGUACUGGGUGGAGCAGCGGCUGCAGCACCGCCACCACCGCCACCAUCACCUGCAGCCCGACGAGGAAUCCAACAGCUGUUGUUGCCAGCAGGGACUGGAGCCCGGGCCGUCCGCGACCAGGGCUCUCUGGGCACGGGUGGGAUCGCCCGCAGCCUCUCGGUACGGAUCGUAAUGUUCCCUUCCCCGGCCUCUCGGUGAGGGAUCAGUGGGAGGAAAAAGACCAGAUCGUGGCUGUGUUUGUGGUUACCUUUGAUACGAGAUCAGGGAAUAUGGUAGAGUGGUGCCUGCCUCACGACAUCAACCUAGACGGAGUCGAAUUCAAGUCCAUGGCCAGCGGUUCCCAUCGGAUCACCAGCGACUUCAUAUAUUUCCGUAAAGGCUCCUACUUUGGCCUGGCCUGUUUUGCCAACAUGCCUGUGGAGAGUGAGCUGGAGCGAGGAGCGAGGAUGAAGUCUGUGGGAAUUCUGUCUCCCUCCUACACUCUGCUCUACCGCUACAUGCACUUCUUGGAGAACCAAGUCAGACACCAGUUGCAGUGUCCAGGCCAGUAUUCUCCACUGGAGGCCUUCUAUGAAGAUAAGAAGGCUGUCCUCCCCCCUACAGGGAAUGGUCUGGUCACCGCUUGCCCAACCUGGAGUAUUACCACCAUCAACCGCUGCAUGCACCCAGAAAUGAAGAUCACCCACCCGGCUGGCUGCAUGUCCCAGUUCAUCCAGUUUUUCGGGGAGCAGAUAAUGGUGCUGUGGAAGUUUGCCCUGCUUAGGAAACGUCUCCUCAUCUUCUCCCCUCCACCUGUAGGCGUGGUCUGCUACAGGGUGUAUUGCUGUUGCUGCCUGGCCAAUGUCUCUUUACCUGGAAUUGGUGUCUCUGUGCCUGAAUUACGGCCUUUCUUCUACAUCAACAUAGCCGACAUCCCCACCCUGGAAACAGAGAUGUCAUACGUGGCCUGCACCACCGAGAAGAUCUUCGAGGAGAAGAAGGAGCUGUACGAUGUCUACAUUGACAACCAGAAUGUGAAAACGCACAGAAGCCAUUUGCAGCCGCUCCUCCGACUGAAUGCUGCGGAUAAGGAGAAGUACAGGAAACUGAGCGAACAGAGGCAAAUGUUGCUGUACUCUCAGGAGGUGGAUGGAGACUGCACAUCAAAUGAAGAGGAUCUUUUCAUCCUGUUCUUCAUGGAGUUGAAUAACCGCAUCUUCCAGACCCUGUCAGAGGUAGCAGGGAGCGCUGAUCCCACCCUCACCGCUGAGCACGUGAGGGCCAUGGGGCUGGAUCCCCAGGGCGAUCGCUCCUUCCUGAUGGACCUGCUGGAGGUGUACGGCAUUGACGUCACACUGGUCAUAGAAAACCUCUGCUGCCAAUGAGGCUCCCUCCGGCUGGGAGAAACCUGGAAUAACACUGGAUAUUUGUGCCUUUAAGGCCUACGUACACACACGCACACACACCAAAACACUGAAGACACUGCCUCAACCCUGGGACUUCCAUCUGUUAUCUGCUGUCCCCUCCUAGGUGUCUGUUCCCCCUCUGUGCUGUGGAGUUUCCAACCGGUGUGGACGAUGACGAUCGGUGCACUGGUCCACAGUGGCUGAUAAACACCUGCCUCGUAGACAAUGCCGCUUGGCAGCAGUGUGCUCUUAUACACAUCUUAUAUCACUCAGUACUGUUUUUUGUUGUCAGAAAUAUGUGUUUGCUUGUGUGUUCCUGUUUGAUUCCGGCUUAAGUGGCCCGGGCUGAAGAAUUUUGGUAAAAACAGAAGUCUUGGUCAGGUCUGGUCUUCACUGGCCACCAGAUUGGUGGUUCUCCUCUGUAGCCGUCGUAAUGAAGAAUUCACUGGGAGUUUUUACUGCUAGAGAUGAAUUUGUGUGCUUCAACUGCAUUUUAUAGAAGAUUCUAGCCGUCAUAAUGUGCAACCCACAACCACUUUAUUGGCCUUUCAGAAAGGAAGCACUAGGAGUUAAGUGAAAUUACCAGCCUUCUUUAUGUCUCUGCUUUUUUUUUAAUUAUUUCUUUCACAACUGAAAGUUUGUUAAUGAGCGUGAUAUCCUCUUUUUAUAACGGGGGGGUUUUGGUUCAUUAUUAUGAAGCUGACUCACAGAAUGAGAUGGGGGGAAAAGCUUUUAAAUACUUUGUUCACCUUUAUGCACCUUCAACACGAUAACGUGUCUCUGUGUUUGAUCACAAGAGACUCUUUGUUGUUUCACGUGUCGUACGUUGUGAUCAGCUGAGGUUCCUGACCCGUCACUGAAUGUGAUUCUGUAACACUAACUCAUCACGAAUGCUGCACCAUGUCCACUACUGGACUAAUUCCCGAUGCACACAGUGAUCAUGCUUAACUGUACCUUUCUGUUUGUCCUUAUGGAGUCGUGUUUGUGUGUUUUGUGCUCUUAUACAGGCUUUCAUUGUUUUAGUUUUUUUGAGGCUGGUUCAUCGGCGGAUGCUAAUAUUUCUUCCUGGUGAGUGAGGAGUCCUUGAUGGAGCCGUUUGUAAUUUACUUGUUGGGAUCCUCUUUGUUUGUCUCUGUCUUUGACAAAGAUCUCUUUGUGUUUCUGGAGAUGUGGUGUUAGUCACAGUGUGGGCUGAGCAAAAGCUUUAACUCCUCCUCUUUGGGCAGAUUCACAGAGCACCCCCCCCCCCCGUCUGUGCCAGCUGAGGGUUUCUCUCAGUCUUUUCAUCACAGUCCCAUUGAGUGAAUCCAGCUCCAGAGAUGGGCCAACUUUGUCUUUUGAAUUACUCUGGCAGACUGGUAUUAGUUCAUCCAUCACGUUGCCAAUCAGAGUGAUAAUUUGUUCCAUGUUGGAACACAUGAGGCUGAUGCUCGCCUCUUAUACGUUUGGAGUAGUAGUUCUCAACCUUCUCGUGGCCCCCCCGAUGCAAGCUUGCAUUUUUUAAAAUCUUUUUUUAAAUUCAAUGCUCUACAUAUUCUUUUUUUUUCAUUGUCACAUUUCAGAAAUGAUCUUUCGGGGGCUGAUCCCCAGGUUCAGAACUACUCAUGGUCUUACUGUUUGGCUUUGACCCCCCAAAGAUGCUUUCUGUGUUGGUAAAAGAAAAAAAAAACUGCACUAAGUAUUGUAUUUGAAAGAGAACGGCACUAGCUUUGUUGUUUAAAUGGGGCCUUAAGGAAAUGUGAUUUUCUCAAACUUACCACAGCAAAGUGACUCAUUUCUGUAUCUGCGUCAGCAGUGUUUGCUGACAGAUUAAGUACGUUGUCCUUGGAAUUUCUGAAUGACAUUACUGUCUCCAGUGAAAACCUGUUGACUCUGACUGGUCUAUGUACUCGUCAGCAGACGUACAGUCUCGCCUCCGACGGUGUAUGUUAAACGUAAAAGGGAAUGUACACAACACAAACCACCUGUAUCAAUGCCUUCUUUGUGGAGCCGUUCACACAUGUGUACCAGCAUUAGCCAAACGAGUCAUUUGUACAGCGUGUCACUCUAUUGAAUGUCAAAGACAGCAAAAGUAUUGCACACAUGCAGCAGCACACCCAAGUAGUUUUCUCCUUGAUUGUAAUGUAAAUCAAGAGUAUCCACGGAAUAAGUCUUUAUCUUUACUAAUGUGAAACACUGUAAGAGAUGUCAGUAAAUGUACACAUGAACUCAAUAGCAUGAGCAAUUGUUAAUUUCACUGUACUGCCAUUGUUAAACAAUAAAACAUUGAUACAG